UUUGAUGAAGAUUCGAACGAGUGGAUUCUUCCCGCUCUCACGGUAGAACGUACAGUUCUUCCGCCCUCGAUGGACGUCGCUUCCGAGAAUAUUACCUUACCAUUGGCUCGCGGAGCUCUUGGUCGUAGCGGGAUCGGUACCUACGUUGCUACCUCACUUCCCGGUGCUGGACCUUACAAAUCCGAGGCUGAGGAGCAGGAGGAGGCGCGUCUUUACGCCAAACUGACUAGCCGCUCCCAAAACCACAUCAAAUACUUCGCCAGCAAGCGGAAAGAGCAACUUCUGUUGGACGCUGCUAUCCGUCUCACUACUGUUGUUUCUGCUAGUAGCUUAGUCGACAUUCCAACAGGAAUUGACAAUGCCACCAUCGGGGUAGCUGUAAGGUCGACAGCUAAGUAUGAACGGUCUCAAGCACAGGUAUUUCGAAUUUAA